CAAGAACGUUUCGGAUUUUCCGUAAACUUGACUGUGAGAGCCACGGUGAAAACAAUGGAGAAAACAUGCAAUAAUUCACUGAAUAAAUUGAUUCUUACACAUUUGUAUUUUAAAAUAAUACAAUGAUGUUCGCGGAAGAAUUGCCUACGACAAUGACGACUAAAGAGUUGCUCCCAGUAAAACAAGUCACCUGAGUGUUGUGUAAAGGAGGAGAUGAUACCAGACCCCGCGUCUGCAGCUGCAUCCGGUGGAUCCUCUGAGCUGAAUAAAAGCUCAAACCAGGACAAGGCAAACUCCUCAGGAGCUGUCAACAAUUCCGAGGAUGAGUCUGGCAACGAGAACAGACACAAGAGAGGGAGGCGUAGGAAAAGAACUCACAAGGAAGUGGAGAAUGUCACAAGGAAAAAGGCCCAAAGUCGCCGUUGCGGUGUUCGAAAGGACGUCCGUCAUCGUAAACGUGCACACGCGGAGGCUGUCACUCUGUUUGACGCCAUUACAAUGGGUCCAAGCGCCAUGCGGGUGGUGAUCGACGGCUGGACGGAGGCCUAUGCCGCGGACAGAGAUGCCUCCCUCCUCGACCUCAUCAGAUUCUUCAUCCAGUGCUGUGGUUGCAAAGGUGUGGUCACAGCUGAAAUGUGUCACACCAAAGGCGACAGUGAUGCCAUGGACAAGAUGGUGGACGAGUUGGUGGAGGACUCGGAUGAGGUUGCCGGUUUGCAAUACAAGAAGUUUCUGGCUUUUCCAUGGAUUCUCACUGUCACUUGGCCCAUGGAUGCUGACAGCAUGGAGUACCCUCUGAUCCAGCCUGGACCAUACGGCCGAUGGUUUCACUCUGAGCUGUGCGACUUUGUGUCUGUGCUGGUUUGCCAGUGUCAACACAGCCUCAUCUUUGACAGCUACUUGAUUAACAUGCUCAUCUCCCUACUCUCCGAGCUCGCUGACUCCCACAUACGAGCAUUCCGACACACCUGCACACUAGCAGCGGUCAAACUGCUGACCUCCCUGAUGGACGUGGCUGUCAAUCUGAGCCUGGCUGUUGAGAAGACUCAAAAGCUGCAGCAGGUGCAGAGGCCAAGCAGACAGAAAGCACAAGUGGAACGAGCACAGCGGAAGGUGAAGGAGCUACAAGGGAAGAGGGCCGAGAUCGAGAGCAUGAUGAACGUCAUCUUUAAGGCCGUUUUUCUCAAGAGAUAUCGUGACGUGCAUCCAGAAAUCCGUUCCAUCUGUGCGGAGGAGUUGGGCCGAUGGAUGAGGCUCUACAGUUCUGUGUUCCUCAAUGACACUUACCUCAAAUACAUGGACUGGAUGUCAUAUGACAAGAUUCCAGAUGUGCGUCUCAAGUGUGUUUUAGGCCUGCAGAGUUUAUAUGGAGAUCCCAUUGUUCUGCCUCACCUGGACCUCUUCACUAGCCGCUUCAAGGACCGUAUGAUCUCUAUGACGCUGGACAAAGACCACGAAGUGGCUUUGCAGACGAUGAAGUUGUUGCUGCUCAUUUCCAAAACACAUGAAGACGUGCUCACUGCAGAUGACUACAAGCCUCUCCUUCAGCUUGUUUAUUCCUCUCAGCGCCCCCUUGCAGUCACAGCUGGGGAGCUGCUCUUCUUAAGGGUUCUCAGCAUUGAUGAUGCUACCGCUAUCAAUCAGGAUGAGAGAAGUCAAGAGGAGGCUCAUAAACAACAAACGUUUACUAGACUCAAGGCCCUGCUGGAAUUCCACCGUGACUCUAAGCUCCACAACCAUGUGGUCUACCUCGUGGACAGCCUAUGGGACUGCAGUGGAGCUCUGCUAAAGGACUGGCCCACCAUCACGUCUUUACUGUUGCAAGACCUUCCCAGUCCUUUGCUGGGCCUCACAAGGGAGGAUGAAGCGGUGCUAGUGGAGCUCAUGUUAGCCUCUGUGCGUCAGGCAUCGGAAGGACCAGUGCUGGCUGGGAGGAAUGGUGCAAAGAAGAUGUUGAGUUCCAGAGAAAAAAAAGUUCAGGUUGAUGACUGCUCAAAGCUGACGCAGCAUUUCCUCACAGUGCUUCCACACUUACUAGCCAAGUUUUCAGGUCGCUGGGAUAUUGUUGCCUCCUUGAUGAGGAUUCCUCAGUACUUUCUGCCAGAGAGCCCCGAGGCCAAGAACACACAGUUGGUCUCCAGACUGUUAGCGGAAAUUCGAGCAGUUCUGGAGGUCUACUCAGACGCCGCCGUCCUGGAGGCGGCGUCUCGCACAUUCCUUAGUCUGUGUGGAGAGGAGACCACCUGGGGCUCCAUGGCCCGGCCCGUCAGAGAUUCCAUGGUCCAGGGUUGGGUGGACCACCUGAAAGACCUGCUGACCAACUCCCUCGUGGGGGCCAUCUUCUCUGCUGAUCAGGAGCAGACUGGAGACCUUUUUGUCACACUGAAGAAAGUCAGCGCUUUCCACAACUGUCACGAUCUGUCCGGCUGGAAUCUGUUCGACCUGCUCUUGCCUCUUCUGCCGGUAGAGGGCAGCCAGGAGGGGGCGCCACCUCAGGUGUUAAAGGAAGUGUUACAAUGUCUGUCUUACUGUGUUUUCUGGUCACUGAGCACAAGCAGUGAAAUUAUGACCUCCAGGGACCAGGCUGUGUCCCUGAGGCUUCAGUUGCGUGUGUUCUGUGAGGCAAGUCAUCGUUGUCUCUCCCACUCCAAUCACAGCGUCAGACAGCAGGCAUUCCUGGGUGUGUCCGACAUCCUGACUGCCCACUCCUACCAGCAACAAGUGUGGCAUCCCACUUCCUGGAGCCCCCUGCCAUACACGCCCACGCCCAAACUACAGAUGGCGCUGUUGAACUUUGUGUGCAAGAACGUCUUUGCUGGGCGAGAUGGUGACCACGAAUGCAAAGCCUGCCGGCACUCCGAGGAGGACAAGAUGGAGGAGCUUCACAGAAGGAGAAGCAUGCUGGCUGCCUACUGCAAACUCAUCCUACACGGCGUGCUGGAGAUGAGUAUGGCAGCGGACAUUUUUACCUUCUAUGUCAAGUAUCAGAACGACUUAGGUGACAUCAUCAAGGAAACCAUACACAGGAGCAGACUUAUUGAUAAGUUCGAGAGCACUCGUACGCUGGUGCUCUCUUUACAGCAGCUGUUUGUGCGUCUGAAGCAUGAGCAGGAGGCUGGAGGAUUGCCUCACGUCCAGCAGGGAGUUCAGACUUUCAGCAGCAUCAAGGAGCUGGCCAAACGCUUCGCCCUCACUUUUGGUGAUCUCGUCAAGUUUCGCCAGUGCCUCGUCCUCAUCCACAGGAGUGGCAUCGAAUUUGCCUUCCGGGACUUUGAAAGUUCCACACCUACGUUCCUGUCCUACUUGAGCAUCCUGGCCGAGUUCUCCAGCAAGCUACUCAAACCGGACAAGAGGACAGUGUUAGCUUACUUACAGAAGCAUACCUCAGAUCAAGUAGCGGACCUCAGGGAGGAGCGCUGGCAGCCACUCGUCUUCUACCGCGGCUCCCUCUUGGCCGAAGGAGACGAUGCCGCCUCCCACGGCAGCUCGGACAGGAAGCAGCCUGGACGCUCAAAGACCAAACUAGAAGGUUCCAAGUCUUUAGGACCACUGAGUCCCACUGAGCCCCAAGUUGGAAAAGUUCACCGAUCAAGCCCCAGCAACAAGACCACCCAUGCGCAGGAACAUCUUGUGAAAAGACCCCCAAGUCAAGGAACAGUCAACACUGAGGCAGGUGAUGAUGACGACCAUGCCGAUGAAGAUGCUGUAGAAGUUGAGCUCUGACAAGGUUUUGGUGCUCUCAUUUAAAAUCUGAACGAAACA